AUGGCGGCUAGAUAUGUUUUUGAUGGAGAGGUCUUGUACAAGAAAAGCCAUGAUCAGAUCUUGUUGAGAUGUGUAGUUGUAGAAGAGGCAAAGAUGAUAUUAGAAGAGGUACAUAAUGGAGUUUGCGGAACGUAUGAGAAUGGACAUAUGAUGUCAAGGCAAAUUAUGAGAUGCGGAUUAGCGGUCAUCAUGAGUGAGGCGGUAGGUGACUCCCAAUUUACUUUCAUUCAUGGGAAACAGAUUGCAGACUGUUCCAUUAUCACCAACGAGAUCAUUGAUGACAUUUCUAGAAGGAAAAGGCAGGUAAUUGUCAUUAAAGCAGACUUUAGGAAAGCCUACGACUCGGUUGACUGGAAGUUUUUGGAUAUUGUGUUGAAGCUCAUGAGUUUCUGGAAAAAAUGGAGAAAGUGGAUUCAGUUAUGUGAUUCGGCAGCUUCUAUUUCUGUUUUGAUAAGCGGGAUUCCCACGGAAAAAUUCAAUAACAGAAGGGGAUAG